UUCCGCAGGAAAUAUUGCGUGACAAGUUCCGCUCCUCUGCCGUUUCCUCACCACGGCUAGUGAACUAAACAGCUUUUUUAUUAUGAAGUUAAUAUUAACACCUUCUUAAAAACACGAUAAACUCUGAACGCUUUGCUUUAAAAGCGAAGAUCAUGGCGAGGAUUGGAGACAUCAUUCAUCUUAACGUCGGGGGGAAAAGGUUCAGUUCCUCCAGACAGACUCUGACAUGGGUUCCUGACUCGUUCUUCUCAAGUUUACUAAGUGGACGGAUAUCAACCCUGAAAGAUGAGACUGGAGCGAUCUUCAUUGACCGAGAUCCGUCUCUGUUUGCUCCCAUUCUCAACUUCCUGCGCACCAAAGAGCUCCACCCCAGGUCUAUAGAUGUGCGCUUAUUGAUGCACGAGGCAGAGUUCUAUGGGAUCACGCCGCUGGUGCGUAAGCUGCAGCUGUGUGAUGAGUUGGAUCGCUCCUCCUGCGGGAACGUGUUGUUCAACGGCUAUCUGCCUCCGCCAGUGUACCCGGUGAAGCGCAGGAACAGGCACAGUGUGGCAGGAGCCCAGCUCCGGGGGCCGGUGGAGAGGGCCCCUGUGAGGAGGAGUAACACAAUGCCUCCGAACCUGAGCAAAGCUGCUCUAGAGGAGAGAGCCACAGGGCCGGUCUCUGACCCAGGUAUGGUCAGAAUCGUGUGUGGUCAUCAUAACUGGAUUGCUGUGGCAUAUGCUCAGUUUGUGGUGUGUUACAGGGUUAAAGAGUCGACUGGGUGGCAGCAGGUGUUCACCAGUCCUCAGCUGGACUGGGUGAUUGACCGAGUGGCUCUUAAUGCCAAAGUCAUGGGCGGAUCCCUGGGGGACAAUGAUAAGAUGGUUGCUGUUGCAUCAGGAACAGAAAUCAUACUGUGGGCGAUCUGUCCUGAUGGAAACGGCAGUGAAAUUGGUGUGUUCAGUCUGAAUGUGCCGGUGGAGGCUCUGUUCUUCGUGGGAAAUCAGCUCAUCGCCACCAGCCACACGGGGAAAGUGGGAGUGUGGAACGCCGUCACCAAACACUGGCAGAACCAGGAUGUGGUUCCUAUCAACAGUUACGACACAGCCGGGUCAUUCCUCAUUCUGGGAUGCAAUAAUGGAUCUAUUUACUAUAUAGAUGUCCAGAAGUUUCCUCUGAGGAUGAAGGAUAACGAUCUGCUGGUGACCGAACUGUAUCGAGAUCCCACCGAAGACGCCAUUACUGCUCUGAGUGUCUACCUGACGCCCAAAACAAGUGACAGUGGGAACUGGAUCGAGAUCGCGUAUGGCACUAGUUCAGGCACGGUGCGUGUGAUCGUGCAGCAUCCGGAGACGGUGGGAUCCGGUCCACAGCUCUUCCAGACCUUCUCCGUCCACCGCAGCCCUGUCACCAAGAUCAUGCUGUCUGAGAAACACCUCAUCUCUGUGUGUGCAGACAACAAUCACGUGCGCACCUGGACGGUGACACGCUUCCGAGGCAUGAUCUCCACUCAGCCUGGCUCCACCCCCCUCACGUCCUUCAAGAUCCUCUCACUGGACGAUAUCGACGGCCACGGAGGCUGCUCUGCUGGCACUGAGAUCGGUCCGUAUGGAGAGCGUGACGAGCAGCAGGUGUUCAUCCAGAGAGUGGUCCCCGACACGGAUAAACUCUACGUGAGGCUCUCCUCCAACGGGAAGAGGGUGUGUGAGGUGCGUUCGGUCGAUGGGACGUCCAUCACAGCGUUCGUGGUGCACGAGUGUGAGGGAUCCAGCCGCAUCGGCUCCAGGCCGCGCCGGUACCUCUUCAGUGGACACAGUAACGGCAGCAUCCAGACCUGGGACCUCACCACAGCCAUGGAGAUCGCAGGGAAGGUGGACAUCAAAGCUCUCGGGGGUCCCACUGAAGAGGAGCUGCUGGAGCUUCUGGACCAGUGUGAUCUGGCUCUGACCCGAACACCAGACAUGAGUCCCGCCGCGUCUCUCACACACUCCUCACGCAGCUCCACCUGCAGUCUUCAGUCUCAGUUCAGUGAAAUGGCUCGAGCUGCUGGUGGUUUUCGGGGUCCGGCUCCUCUGACCGGGAGUCUGCCCCGUCAGGCCCCUCUGGUCCCCCUCAGACCCCGCGAGCCGCCCCACCUGGGCCUGAGCCAGGCGUCUGUGGCCGGCAGCGACCUCGGCUCCAUCCGCAGGGGCAGCUUUGUGGAGCGCUGUCAGGAGAGGGCCAAGAGCUCGGACGCGGCCGGCCUGGACGCGGGGAGACGGAGCUUAGCCGCCUGCAGCGAGCUGGACGCACGGAUCAGCCUCAGAAUACAGUCCUCAUUCUCCACACCUUCAUCAUCAUCAUCAGCAGCAGCAGCGGCAUCCAUGAGGAGACCAGCUUCAGCAGCACCAAGUCCUGCUCCUUCACCGCUCAGUCCAGCCAGAUCACAGACGCCCGCCUCUCCAAGACGACCUCCGACCUCUCCGACCGGUGAGAGCCCGUCCAAUGAGAUCGUACCUGGACAAGAAAGCCCCGCCUCUUCAUCGUCCACCAGCCCCAAACCUCAUAUGAAUGAAACCAGCUUCUGAGAGGAACGUGGACACACGGGACAAAAUAAUAAUAAUAAUAAUUAUCAGAUUGAAUGUUCUACCCUUAAGCAGAACUAUUCAGAAAUACAGAAUUAGUCAUUGAAUAAUAUUUAUCUAUAAGUAUAUAUAAAAAAUGAUAUGUAUACUUCUUUUAGAACAGUAUUCUCAAUAUCAGAGAAUAUAUAUAUAUAUAUAUAUAUAUGUAUGUAUGUAUGUAAUUCACAAAAACUGAGUAUUUCAAAAUUAUGAUAACAUAUUAUAGCAUUUACAAGAUAUUUCUUUUAGAACAGUGUUCUCAGAAUCACUGGGUGCCUUAUAAUACAGAGUGUGGAGUUAUUAUGAUCCACAAAGUCUUGAUUUGUUUAAUCAUAUACAAAAAUGGACUGGCUGGUAACUUUUUUUUGGCAUGUUAACAUACUUCCCAAACGUAUGCAACUAACGAUCACUGGAAAGUGGAAACACUGUGUCUCUGGUGCUGUUGAAACAUUGAUCGACCAAUCGAGUGAGAACAGGGCGGGGCAGUGGGUUUAGCCAGCCAAUGACAGGAUGGGGGCGUGUCUAAGCGGCCUGUAUGAAAACGGUCAUUAUUUGGUCAGGUUCAUGACGUGAUGCUGCUGGAGCAGAAGUUACACGUCAUCGUCUCGAGGCUGUGCUGGGUUUAGAGUCAGAAGUGUGUGUGAAUGCUGUUCAGAUUGACAGGGAUGUGUAAUCACUGCUCGACAGCUCUGUGCUGAUUCUGACAUCUGUAGAGCACCAUAUAUUACAGUGUUUACAUUACACAUGUGCAUUAUAAAUCAACAAGAGCAAAACAAA